GCGACGGGAGCCAUCCCCGCCCCUUCCGGCCUCGCAUGGCGCCGUCUCUUCCGCUGCGGGGAGUAAUAUGGGGACAAUACAUCUGUUCCGUAAAUCACAGAGAUCAUUGGUUGGAAAGUUAACACAUGAAUUUAGGUUGGUUGCAGCAGAUAGAAGGUCCUGGAAGAUUUUGCUGUUUGGUGCUAUAAAUUUAAUAUGUAUUGGCUUCCUGCUCAUGUGGUGCAGCUCUACAAACAGCAUAGCUUUAACUGCUUACACAUAUUUGACAAUCUUUGACCUUUUCAGUUUGAUAACAUGUUUAAUAAGCUACUGGGUAAUGAUGAAGAAACCCAGCCCAGUCUAUUCAUUUGGGUUUGAAAGGUUUGAAGUUCUAGCCGUAUUUGCAUCUACAGUUCUGGCACAGCUUGGUGCUCUUUUUAUACUAAAAGAAAGUGCAGAGCGAUUUCUGGAACAGCCUGAGAUACACACGGGACGACUGCUGGUUGGUACUUUCGUGGCCCUCUUUUUCAACUUAUUUACAAUGCUUUCCAUUAGGAAUAAGCCUUUUGCUUAUGUCUCUGAAGCUGCCAGCACAAGUUGGCUUCAGGAGCAUGUUGCAGAUCUUAGUAGAAGUAUUUGUGGAAUCAUCCCAGGAUUAAGUAGCAUCUUUCUGCCACGGAUGAACCCUUUUGUCUUGAUUGAUAUUGCUGGAGCUCUAGCUCUUUGCAUUACAUAUAUGCUCAUCGAAAUUAACAAUUAUUUUGCUGUAGACACAGCGUCUGCUAUAGCAAUUGCUCUGAUGACGUUUGGUACCAUGUAUCCCAUGAGUGUCUACAGUGGGAAAGUGCUGCUCCAGACAACGCCACCUCAUGUGAUUGGCCAGUUAGAUAAACUUCUUAGAGAGGUUUCAACUUUGGAUGGUGUAUUGGAAGUUCGAAAUGAGCACUUUUGGACAUUAGGUUUUGGCACUUUGGCUGGAUCAGUACAUGUCCGAAUUCGGAGAGAUGCAAAUGAACAAAUGGUACUUGCUCAUGUCACUAACAGAUUAUACACGUUGGUCUCUACUUUGACCGUUCAGAUUUUCAAAGAUGACUGGAUCAGACCUACCUUAUCAUCUGUGCCUAUUGCAAACAAUAUUCUGAACCUUUCGGAUCAUCAUGUUAUUCCAAUGCCAUCUCUGAAAGCUGUUGAUAACUUGAACCCUGUUACAUCCACUCCAGCUAAGCCCAGCAGCCCACCGCCAGAAUUUUCUUUUAACACACCAGGCAAAAAUGUGAGUCCGGUCAUCCUUUUAAACACUCAGACAAAGCCCUAUGGACUGGGCUUUAAUCAUGGAUCCACACCCUACAGCAGUGUACUCAAUCAAGGACUUGGAAUUCCGGGGAUGGGAGCAGCUCAAGGAUUCAGGACUGGUUUUACAAAUGUCCCAAGCAGAUACGGAACAAACGCUCGUGGUCAGCCCCGACCAUAAUAAACACCAUUAUUUAUUGUACUUAAGGGUAUUGACUUAAUUCUUUUAUUACCCAAUUUUUAUGAACAUUUGGAAUGUCAGAUCAUUCUAAAUGGCUGGGAACAAGUGCAUUGUUCAUAUUCAUGAAAUGGUUAAAUUGCAACUUUUCUCUUCACAUCAGCCUGUGUAAUGCCACAGAUAUUUUCCAGACUUACAAUACUUUACAAGUGGUUUUUAUAGGAUGUCUAUUUCUACUCAUCUUUUUAUCCACUCUUCUUCAUUCGUCCAAGAAUGUAUUGAGACAUAUAGCACAACUCCAUAAGAGGGUAUAAUUGUGACCAGGUAGCAUUUUUUUUCUAAUGAGAAUUGCUUACUGAAUGAUGAAUAGCUGAGAGAAUAGGAAAUGGCAGAAAUACAAGUCCCAAUUCUCAGAGAUGUUUUGAUUGCUGUAUUAAGCCAUCUUUUGGCAACGUCACAAUUAGUUUUUGGUUGCAGAAAUCCAUCAGUAUUCAUAUUGUGGCCAUUGUGAAGACAAUCUGGCAUUUCAGAUUGUAAUUAAUUUUGUAAGACCAUGUUUUUACAUUUUUAUUGAUGCCUUUACAGAAAUUCAGAUGGCUCAGCAACCAUUUUCUAGUUGUAAGUAUUUCAUAUUCAUCUCUGAUAUUUCUUCCUUUUUGGUUUAACUGCAAAAUUAUCUAGCAAUAUACUGGGAAAUAAAAUAUUUAAAACCUAAAAGAUUUUACAAGCACCUCUUUUUUACAAUUAACCCUAUUUAGGAUACAGAGCAGAUGACUGUAUUGGUUCUGAAGCCAGUAUUUAAUUUUUGACUACGGAAAGUAUUCUGUGAUUUGAUUGUGACUUUGUAUUUUUCCUCUUUGUAUUUUUUCUGUAGUUGCAGGGGGGAAAGUAUCUGUUUAUAUUCCUGGUUUAUAUCCAGAGUGCAGGUCGGUGAUCACUGACAGUUCUUAGUCAUUGCUGGAGUUCUUGACCUUUGGGGUGCACUUGGAACAAGACCACCUAACUUGUCUUUGCUUUUGCAUUACUGUUCUACUGUACAUCUAGGUGGCCAUAUUUCUUCAGGGCCUUUCUCUUGGAGCUCUUCCCUCUGACUGUUGUCUUUUUCUUCACUGCUCUGACAACAGGGAAAGGCCUUUUAGAAAUACUUCAGUUUUUUCUGUUCUCCUGUGUGGUAUCUAUCUUAUAAUUGCUCCUCUGCACAUUCUCCUGCAUCUCUUGGCUGUUGAGGAAUGGGUUGCCCAUUGCUGUUGUUUCACUUGCAACUCAGGGUGCUAUGUAUUGGCUUACACCUUGUUCAUUUGUAUACUGAGUGGUCUCUCCAUCUGUCCGAGGUGGUUACAUGGAGCUGUAGUAUCUCAGGGAUUCCAAAGAUAUUAUGUUACCUGAAGAUAAUGGCUGUGAUAGAGAAAUCAUUUUCUUGUACAACUGAGUGGAGAAAACAGCCUUCAUUUGAAUUUUAAAGAUCUGUGGCCUCUUUACACUGACUGAGGAUUUCUUUUUCUGCAUGAGGACACUGCAUUCCUCUUUUUGUUUCCCCCCCUCUCCAUUUCUUUUGUUUCUCCAGCCAGUGCAUGGAAAAGGGCGUCAUUCUUGCAAACUCUUGUAAAAAGCAAGGUGACAUUCUGCAUUAUGGUAACUUGUGGGGAUAUUUUAGGCUGGGGGUAAUGUCCAGACUGCCACUGGGAUACAGUCCGUGUAAGUUACAAGUAGGGAAUCCAGUUCUGUACUUCAUUUGCAGCGAGAGCGACAAUUUCAUUGCUGUUUUAGAAAAUGUAAAGACCCGGAAAACUUGCAUUUAACGAUUACAGUGAACUUAUAAAGAUUGGCUCUGUUUUUAUGGGGUCGGUAUUCACUGAGUAAUCGCCUCUGUUUCAUUACACUGUCUUUUUGUGUCGUCUCUUACACGUGCCAUUGCUGCAUGGAAAUUCUCUGAAGUACAGAACACUUGAGCAGAUUCUUUGUACCUCUUGGGUGCUGAACUAGACUGCACUUUCUGCAGCAUCUGCAACACCUUAGAGCCAGCAAAAUGUUUACAAUAUACUACUCUUAUGUGGCCUAUCUGAGAAUUGUUCCUUACUCCAGUUUCAUAACCAAUCACAUGCCCUUUUUCUGACAUUUUCAAUAAGUUGUACUAUAUUGAUUGCAUGCCUACUUGUUUUUAGUAGAAAAUUAAAGUUCCAUUUUAUGAAGUUGACCUUUGAUUUAAUAUGAGAAAGGAGGACAAGAAUCCCAGAGUUCUGAGUGCAAUAUAAUCACUUUAACAAAAAUAUUUUUCAGAGUGAUUGUUUACAGUAUAUACACAUGUGCAGAUGAUAAAGAUUCUUUUAGAGAUUAGAAUAGCUUUUUAGCUGCUUUAUUGUUGUGAAUAUAUUAAGAAUAUUUGUUAAAUCAACACAGAGUAAAAUGUCUCCUUUUAUACGAGGAAAAUAAAAUCAGUGUAAUUCUUAAA